ACUUAUUAAUUCAUUAUGCUGCAUUCAGUUGAAUCAUCUCGCAAAAAUAACGUAGUUAUUGGUAGUUUCUUAGUGAAUGUUUAAAAGUUAAAUGGUAUUUGAAUGGUGACAGUUAUGUGUCUGAUUGAUUUGAUCUGGGUGGAUUGUGGCUAGGUAGAUUAACAAGAGAUGCUUGCUCAUUUGAUGUAGAACCAAUUAAACUGUAGUUCUUUGUCAAGUGAAAUUAUUUGCUCUUAGUUUUUGAAUGAAAUAUUGGAGUUAAAUAUAGGUAAUAAGAUCUCCAUUUGUACCUACGGUGUAGCUCAAAUCAUUCUUGGACUUAUUUCUUGUGGGUAUUUAGUUGUAGCUUUCAUUUGGUCUCAACUGUUUCUGAAAUAGCUGCUACCUCAUUCAUUCAUUCAUUGAAUUGUGUGUAGGAUAGCUUUCAAACUGACAAGAUAAAUAUUCAGCUAAAUAUUCUGUUGAAACACCAAAUAUUUGUUGUUUAGGAAUCAUUAAUUUUUUUUAAUCAUGAAUGAUGAAGAUGGAAUAAGAGAUGACUUGAAAGGGAACCCUUUUGUGGCUCUCUUUCCUUCCAUGUCUCAAGCAAUGCAAUAUGCCACACAACUUAACAGUAUUGACAUGACACAAGAGACAUUGAGAGGUUCUCAGGAUGGAAGCAAAGAUGAUACAGGGAUGGAACAGGAGAAAGAUGAUAAUGAUGAAGAGGCAUUUGAUACAAAAAGAAUUGUUAAUAAUUUGUUGCAGAGAAUAUUUUUAGUAUCUUUUCAAGAAUAUCAGGAAGAGGAUGGUUUGGAUAGAGAAUUUGGUGGAAUACCGACCUCAUAUGUGUACCUCCCGGCCACAGAAUCAGACCCUGAAAGUCAAUUUCUUAACUGGGUUGAUAUGGAUGAGGUUCUUCUGAAAAGGUUAAUGAUGGAGAAACCAGGCGAUAAUGUUCUGGAAGCUGUCGGCUGCAAAGACACUCCAAAAUUUUUGUUGGAUUCCAACCCAGCGGAGAAGAGAAUGAUCCAUUACUUGCUGGGAUGUUACCACAGGAAGUUACAAGAAGAUAAGAAAUGGAAGGAUAAAUACGAUCUGCUUGCCUAUUACCUAAAGCAAUGUGAAGAACUGAUCGUCUCUUACACGCGAAUGUGUCUUUCGCAACCGGAGCUUUUUCCUAACAAGAACCCUCAUCAUGACUUUUCUGAGUUACUCUUAACCAUGUCCCAAGAUGAGGAAUUCAAGGGGUUGUGGAAUCUUGUCUUGAAAGAUCCACUGUCAAGCGAUGAAAUGGUCGUUAUGUUCUCGCCUGUUGUCAACCGUGUGUCUGAGAAGAUCAAGACAACUGAAAUGGUUUUGAUGCAACCUGACGCCGCUCCAAUAUUGAACGUUCUUCAUAUGUUUUCACAGAAUAAAGACAUAGCACAGGUUCUUGUGAAGUCUUCAUUAUGGCUGCCAUCCAGUCCAGUCACGAUUGGAGCCUUUUCUGGGUUGUAUGGUCUCCCAGUCAUGGGAGCAAGCUAUGAGCAAACCACCAUCUUGGGGCGGUUUUUAGGCCUUUCUAGUGUUUCUAGGAACCCACAGAACUCAGAGGGAUUCUUCCUGAAGCCGUCAAGACAAAGUCAGAGUGAAAUGGAAGCCAUUACUGCUAGUCUACGACAGUAUAUUAAGUUCAAUUGUGAUCAAAUGACUCAGAUUUGCAAGAAUUUACUUAAAAUGUCACCGGCCACAAAACAUGCCCUUCUUCAUUGGAUCGCCUCUUGUUUGCAUUCAAAUGAUAAUAGAAGGAAGAUGAGCAGUAAUCAAGCAACCUUGGCUAGUAAUGGAUUCUUUUUAAACUUGGGUAACAUCCUCCUUGCACUCUGUCAACCAUUUCUGGAUCCACACUCUUCGAAACUAACAAAAAUUGAUCCACGUUAUUGUAUCGCUAUGGUAACGGUGGACACGAUGGCGCAAGAGGAAACCACGGUUCAUUUGCGUGGAUUACAAGCUGAGACCAAACUCUGUGUUCGUGAAUCUGAAGUAGAGGUUGAUUCACAAACGAGUCCAGCAUUUGGUUUCACAACUGAAUUAUUUUUCAUCACGCAUCGCUGUCUUCAAUUGGGUUUACAAGUGACUUGUGAUUACUAUGAGAAACUCAUGAAAGAAUUAAAUAAGAUUCAAGAUGUUUACAAUGCAUCACGUCGUCAGGUCGUAGACCACGAUAUUACGGAGAGAAUUCGAGAGGAGUUUGAAAAAGGAAUUGCAACGCAGCUUUCUUUGAAGUGUCAUCUACUUAUGCCCUCUUUGGUCGAAACAGCUCUAAAGUUUUAUAUUGCAACGGCUUCUUGGUUAGUCCAGAUUCUUAUAGCUCAGGAGGAUCUUGAUAACAUGUCUAUUGGUAAUCCCUCGUUAGCCACGCAACACGAGACUGCCGUAGGUUUUCAAUAUAUUCCAGAAUUUGUUGUGGAGAAUAUGGUCGAUUUUAUUAUAUUUUUACGUCAUUUUAACGAAGCUACUUUGGAAACAGGCGGUGAAGAUUUAAAGUAUUUGCUUGAUUUCUGUGCUAUUUUUAUCAGCAAACCCCGUGCUAUCAAGAAUCCACAUUUGAGAGCGAAGAUAACAGACGCACUGGAAGCCUUACUACCGGUUAGAAAGCAAGAAUUAGCGUCGAUGGAUGGAAAUAUUAUAGCCACGCAUUACAGACAACAAGUGUUUCAGACAAGUGAACUAGCAGCUAACCAUCUUGGUCCUGCUUUACUCUCGAUAUUCUGUGAUAUUGAGAAAGGGGAUUAUUUUGAACAGAAAUUUGGUUAUCGCCAUCAUAUGUACUCCGUGUUGGAAUUUAUCUGGGAUAUUCCUCAGUACAAAAAAAGCAUUGUGGAUUUCAGCAAAGAGGCGGAUGAAAUUGAUCAUGAUAGUUCAGGCGAGCCGCCAAUAUUUCUUCGUUUCAUCAAUCUUCUUGUCAACGAUGCGACUUUCUUGCUAGACGAAGCUUUGUCGUAUCUCAGUGCAGUCAAGACACUACAAGACGAACGCGACAAAGGAGAUUGGGAAAAACUCGAAUCACCCAAUGCCAAAAAGGAAAAGGAACGUGAGCUUGAAAGCUCUAAAGCAAUGGCUCGUUGGCACAAUAUUUUAGCCAACGAAACUGUAAAAACCCUCUCCUAUCUCACGGUGGAAAUCAAAAGCCCAUUCCGAAGCUCCGCCAUGGUUGCAAGAAUUGCUGGAAUGUUAAAUUAUUUUCUUGUACGUCUGGUCGCUAAGAACCAAAUGAAAGCAUUCAAGGUUAAAAAUUUCGACGAACUUCACUUCAAACCACAACAGCUUGUGUUUGACAUCGCGUCAAUCUACUUGAACCUUGCCAAGGGUGAUGUGGAUGAAGUAUUUUGCAAAGCAGUCGGUGCAGAUGAUCGCUCUUAUUCGAAAUCUCUGUUUCACGAGGCUGAACGAGUGUUAAGACAAAUCCGGACAGACGUUAAAAUAAUUGAGAACUGGCAUUCUCUUGGUGAAAAAAUACACGGCCUAGUGGAAGCACAGCAAGAAAUUGAUGAUUAUCUUCCGGAGGCACCAGAAGAAUUCUUGGAUGCGAUCAUGUUCUCCAUGAUGACAGAUCCCGUGAGGUUACCCUCUGGGAAUAUCGUGGACAAAGCUGUCAUUAUGAGACAUAUUCUCAGUGACCCAAUGGAUCCAUUCAACAGAGCCCCUUUAACAGUGGAUAUGCUCGAACCAGUUCCCGAACUGAAAGAAAGGAUUCAACAAUGGCUGCAGGAAACAAAGAGGAAAAAAGGCAAGCAUGAUAACGAGGACACGUAGACUUAGUUUCACGUGAAUGAGCAUGCAGAUAGCACUCUGUCUUAGUGGAAUAGCACGCGCUUCCAGGCGGGGAAAGCGUGUUUGCAAUGAGAUAUCAAUUCCACUCUUGAAUUAGUGCGUUGCCAAAGAAAACUGCUCUUAGGAGAAUAAGUAGAAAGGCCUGUGUCCCAGGCCUUAACGAUGUGAUGAUUGGAUCAAAUUGCUUACCAAGUAUAUGAUAAGGUCAUGUGUUUGUUUUCCUUUGAAACAAGCGUUGGUCAUGAUUAAGCAUGAUUUGCUAUCUCUAAUCCUCAUUGCAAUUCUACACGUCUUUGCAUUCAUUUCAUACUAUAGCCAGAGCAUGUGGUAGUAAUUCAAACAUGUUUCAUCAUGCACCUGGUUGCUCUGAGCAAACUUUAGGCAAAACUAAAGAAUGACCAUACUUAUACUUUGGAAGCACAUAAAGAUUAGCGCAAAUAAUCGGUUAUUGUAUCAGCAAAUAUUGCUUGAUACUAAUUUACUAUUGCAGGUUGAUAACGUGAUAUAAAAAUACAUGUAGUUCUCCUUUCAUUGAGAACAUAACCUAUGA